AUGCCGCUCAUUGCCCAGAACCCAAAUGAACGUGUUAUCCUGGGGUUGAUGACCUUCGGUCCUGAUACAUCCUCUGGAGCCCGCAUCACAGAUCACGGCGAAUUCACAAAGCACCUCGACUACUUUCAGUCGAAAGGCUAUGAUGAGAUCGACACGGCCCGCAUGUAUGUUGGCGGCAAGCAGGAGGGCUGGACACGCGAUGCAAAGUGGAAGGACCGAGGGUUCACACUUGCAACCAAGGUCUAUCCUUACAAAGCUGGAGUCCACGAGCCUGAGUCGCUCAAAGAGCACUUCAACACCUCAUUGAAGGAGUUGGGCACAGAUACCGUAGACAUCUUCUACCUGCAUGCGCCAGACCGAUCAGUACCGUUCGAAAAGACGUUGGAGGCAGUCAACGAGUUGCACAAGGAGGGCAGAUUCGUCCAACUCGGCCUCAGUAACUACGCUGCUUGGGAGGUGGCUGAGAUCUGGAACAUCGCAAAAGAGAGGGGCUGGGUAAAGCCAACAAUCUACCAGGCAAUGUAUAAUGCCAUUACCCGUGCCAUCGAACCCGAGCUUAUCCCAGCUUGCCGCAAGUACAAGAUCGAUGUUGUUGUCUACAACCCUCUUGCAGGUGGUCUCUUCUCUGGCAAGAUCAAGUCUGCGGACAUUAUCCCUGACGACGGUCGCUUCGGCAAAGAGGCUGACCGUGUGGGCUCCAUGUACCGCGAGCGCUACUUCAAGAAGGGUACUUUCGACGCCCUGAAGAUUGUAGAAGAUGUUGCGCAGAAGAACAACUUGACAUUGCUCGAGAUUGCGCUGAGGUGGACUGUCCACCACUCUGACCUCAAGACAAGGGCCAAGGGCGGCAACGACGGUGUCAUAAUUGGCGUGAGCAGCUUCAGUCAGUUGGAAGGAAAUCUGGCAGAUCUGGAGAAGGGCCCACUACCGGACGACGUUGUGCAGGCGUUGGACGAGGCAUGGUUGGUUGCAAAGGCCACGGCUCCGACUUAUUUCCGAUAG